GUGCUGCGCGCGGGCCCCGCCGACCGCCGCUCCGCCGCCGCCGACCUUGAGAGCGCAUGGUCGAGCUCCGGCGAGAGCCACUACCACUCGUUCGAGCAGACGUCCGAGUCCGCCCGCAGCUACAGCCGGCCCUGCUCCUCCGACGUGGAGCUGCUGGUGGCUGCGGCCGCGGGCACCGCCGGCUCCUCCGAGUACGAGUCGGCGCUAACAUCCCUCACGUCACAUUCGUCGGGCCACCUGGCGUCGGUGGAGGUGUCGAGCGAGGCGAGCGAGACGCUGGUGCCGUCGGCGCUGGAGCUGGAGCGCGACAUGGAGGGCGCGGAGCUGGACGCCGUGGUGGAGCCGUACGACACGCACAUCCCGGCGGCGGUCAUCCGCGGCGAGCGGCCCCCGCACCACGCCGCCCCCGCGCCGCUGCCGCCCCACGCGCACGCGCACGCCCGCGCGGAGGGCGCCCCGCCGCGCCCCCGCCGCCGCGCCCGCGCCACCGCCACGACCACGACCCAGCGCGAUGACGACGGACGACGACGCACGAUG